UUUGAGUCCAUGCCUCUAUUGCGGCAGCUAUUACGUAUUUCCAAAUUCAAUCCAAUCAGGCUGUCUUUUUCACUUUGGUAAGGCCUUAUACAGAAAAAUUCAAACAUUGGGUAAUCUGCAUGCUCGUUAUUUAAAUAAUGAAGACUUUCAAAUGAGUAUUCGUUCAUUACAGCCUUUGUGCGUACUGAAUAUGUCUAUAAUUAUUUUUGUGCCUUAAUGUCAACACUAGAGCCUAAUGCUGAUUUACAGGCUUAUCAUGUAUUUUGUUAAUACCUAUAUUGGUCCCCGCUAUAUUAUGGAAAAUGAAGCACCUUUAGUUGAUAUAGAUGAAGGGAAUCACGGUGGUGUAGCAGAUGCUUGGAUCCGUGAUCAGAUAAUAGGUAGAAAUCUGGCUAAUCGUGAGGCUCUUUUUCGAAUUAAUUUGUGGAAUAUGGUUGAUCGGGUAGAUCAAGGACUUUGUAGAACAAAUAAUAGUGUUGAAGGGUGGCAUUCGAUAUGGAAUAUUCACCUCAAGGGUAAAUUUUAAACAUUUCUAAUUGAUAGAGUUAUAUUAGGAAAUAAACGACUUAGCUCAUUUGUAAGAAAAAUGAUUGAUGAAGACAAUAUGUGGUCUAAUAAAAUUGAGGAUUAUCAGGUGAGAAAGAAAGAGAGAGAGAGAAAGAAACAAAGUUUUAUAAUUCUUUCAAUAGGCUGCACCCGCAGAUGGCAUCCAUGGCCCGCAUGAAAACCGCAAGUCAAAAUAUAUACGUCAAGAUAAUAAUUUAGUUGCACUCUGUCACGAUUUCGAUAAUCGUGAACCUUUAGCAUACCUACGAGCUUGUGCUCAUCAUUUACACUUUUAGAUACAUAUUUGUCUUCAUUAUAAUUUUUUUUAAA